UUUACAUCCGAAACAGCUGUGCCGCACACAAAUCAGCUGGACACCUACCAUGUUACGUUUUUCCCCAAUUGGCUAUAAACUAAAUUCAAAAUUAAAUUAAAUUAAAAAUGAAAGCACAGUGGAUCAGCCGCCACAGCAAAGCGUUACAAACAAUCAGUCUACUACGUAAUCCAAGAUUAAUACAACAGAAUACAUUAUGUCGAAAACUGAGUACAGAAGCAGCCAACGCCAUCAAAACUCUAAAUACACGGAAGACAUUUCUAGCAAAGGUAUCGGCAGGUCCAGGUCUACAGGAAUUUUUCAAUGUCAAGCGAGUACCCACACAUACCAACGAUGAGAGAGACGAGGAAUUUCAAGUACCAUAUUUAAUGCCAGAAGACUAUAGCGGUCAGGGGCGUAAAGUGUUUUUUGAAGUUUACGGUUGUCAAAUGAACACCAAUGACACCGAAGUCGUAUGGGCCGUUCUGCAGCAAAACGGAUACCAGCGUUGUCAGGAGGCGCAACAGGCUGAUGUCAUUAUAGUGGUUACCUGCGCCAUUCGUGAUGGUGCAGAACAAAAAAUCUGGAACCGACUAAAACACUUGCAUGCAAUGAAGGAACGACGUUCACCACGUCUUGGACCCUUGCAGAUUACUGUUUUAGGAUGCAUGGCUGAACGUCUUAAGGAGCGUUUACUUGAACGUGAGAGAUGUGUUGAUGUAAUUGCGGGACCGGAUAGUUACAAAGAUCUUCCACGGUUACUCGCGGUAUCGCGACAUUAUCAACAAUCUGCUAUUAACGUGCUACUCUCUCUGGACGAGACAUAUGCCGAUGUAAUGCCAGUGCGUUUAAAUGCCGAAUCACCUACAGCCUUCGUUUCGAUAAUGCGCGGCUGUGACAAUAUGUGUUCUUACUGUAUUGUUCCGUUUACACGUGGCCGCGAACGUUCACGACCAAUAGAUUCAAUAGUACAAGAAGUACAAGCACUGCGUGAUAGUGGCGUUAAGGAAGUCACUUUGCUGGGCCAAAAUGUCAAUAGCUACCGUGAUAUUAUCACAAAUGCUGAUAAUAAACAAGAAAUUGCUAAUAGCAAAAUGGCGCCAGGUUUCAGCACAGUAUAUAAGCCAAAGAUUGGAGGAAUGCGCUUUGAUGAGUUACUCCGCCAAGUGGCUGAAACAGCGCCGGAAAUGCGCAUACGUUUCACAUCCCCACACCCCAAAGACUUCUCCGAAGACGUGUUACGGGUCAUACGUGACUAUCCGAAUGUUUGCAAAAAUUUACAUCUACCUGCACAGUCGGGCAACGACGCCGUAUUGGACCGUAUGCGACGCGGAUACACAAGAGAUGCGUAUCUAAAGCUAGUGGAUACCAUUCGUACAAUUCUGCCAAAUGUUGGACUAUCCAGCGACUUUAUAUGCGGGUUUUGUGGAGAGACUGAGGACGAAUUCAAAGAUACAUUAACACUUAUGAAACUGGUCCGUUAUAAUGUAGCUUUUCUAUUCGCCUACAGUAUGCGUGAACGAACGACUGCACAUCGACGCUACAAAGAUGACGUCCCAGCUACCGUUAAAACAGAACGAUUGCAACAAAUGGUUCAGGUGUUCCGACAAGAAGCCACCGAAUUACACAAGUUUUUCGUAGGUCGUGAAGAGCUGAUACUUAUCGAGGGGAAAAGCAAAAGAUCAGACCAAUGCUGGUUCGGACGCAAUGACGCUAACAUUAAAGUCAUUGUACCUAACGUGAUGCUUACCGACGACAAAGAGAUCAAUAGAGAAAUAUCGAUGGGAGAUUUUGUUGUGGCUAAGAUUACAGAUUCUAAUUCUCAGGUGCUUAAGGGCACACCACUCUCUAUUAGCUCAAUUGCGCAGUUUUAUUCAAAGAGCUAUUAAUAUCAAUAAAGUUGCAAACUGUUAAAUA